AUGUCUCUCGAAGCAGUCACCCUCGAGCAUCUACCAGCUUCGCACAAGGUCUACAUUGCCCUAUUCAGUGACGUUCAGAAUGCGGCCUUCCUGCACCAGCAGCUUCUCGCUCGGAACCCCGAGUUUGAGUACGCCUUCAUUGAUGCCUCAGUGAUCUCUGAUGCUUACCGUCGCUAUGGCAUUUCUCCAUCAACAAAGGAUCUCAUUGUGGUCAAGAUCACCUUCCCAGGAGAGGAUGGUGCUGAACCUUUGACCCAAGACCAGAUCUGGGAGCACCUGAAGACCAACGUCCAAGGAGAGGCUUUGUCCAUUACAGACGAGCAAAUAUCCACCGCUACUGACCUACCAAAAGUGCGCAAGUACUACAAGUUGAAUGGACUCAAGUGGCUUGACGAUAUCAAGGAUGAAAAGGUCAAGCAAAAGGAAAUGGAGUCGCUUGUUAUAGGCGCCAUGGCUCUACGAGGUGUUUGA